GCCUUGAACUUGCAUCAGCCCCCACACGCCCAUCACUUAAGAACGUGAGACGCCCCUCCUGAAGAUCCCCUCAACCUUCGUGUUUUAUAUUUAGGUCUCCAGCUGGAAAUGGAGACCGGAUCCUUCCAUAUCCAUUGAAAUCCCUUUCUUCGAUUCUCUUCCUCUCUACCUCUAGAAUCCUACAACCCCAGUCUCCGAAAAUGCCCUUUCUCCUACCCCGAUAUGGUCGCUGGGUACUCAUUCUGGGCCCAGUAGUGCUAAUCCUGUUGAUAUUCCAAUUCACGCACGCCGAUUUCGGCCCAAAUACAACGCAGGACGUGAUCGAACCCGCCUCCGGGCUAACGAUUGAUACGCACAACGAGACCGACACAACCGACCAUGUACCCUCAUCCUGUCCCUCAGACACAGGAAUGGACUCUGUGUUGGUAGUAGUCAAAACAGGCAUCACAGAAGCCCAAGACAAAGUCCCCGUGCACCUAAGAACGACCCUCCGCUGCGUUCCGCACAAGAUAAUCGUCUCGGACUUCGAAGAAGACAUAGCCGGAACACGCACACACGACGUCUUCCUCAACGUCUCCGACACCCUAAAACAAAGCAACGAAGACUUCGCCCUGUACAACCGCGCCCGCACAGGCGGCCACACAGCGCUAACCUCUCAAGACCACACGAAAGUCGCCAACGGCCCGUCCGGGAUGAGCGACAACCCAGGCUGGAAACUGGACAAGUGGAAGUUCCUCCCGAUGAUCCAUACCGCGCGGCGCGCGAAGCCAGACGCAAAGUGGUUCGUCUUCCUCGAGGCAGAUACGUAUCCGAUCUGGCCGAAUCUGCUCGGGUGGCUGGCGCAUUUCAAUCACGAGGAGAAGCUGUAUCUGGGGAAUCAGAUGCAGAUUGGGUCGACUUUGUUUGCGCAUGGCGGGUCCGGGGUUGUGCUUUCUCAUGCGGCUAUUCAUGCCGUUGCGGACUUUCAUAAGUUGCAUAUUGAUGAGUGGGAUGAUGUCACGGAUCGUGAAUGGGCGGGUGAUUGUGUGCUUGGGAUGGUGCUUGCUGCGGCAGGGAUUGGACUUACUUGGUCUUGGCCGCAUGUUACUACGCAGUCGGUUUGGGAGCAGGAUAUGUUGCAUGAGGCUUUUGCUAAGACGCCUUGGUGUUUUGCGCCUUUUACUUUCCACCAUAUGACGCCCGCGGAUGUGGAUCGGUUUUGGGAAUUUGAGCAACAGUGGUUUGCGGGUACAAACUCAAGUGUCCUCACAUACAGCGACAUCUUCCGCAAUCUCAUCCGCCCAACCCUCGCAGACCACCUAGACAACUGGGACAACUCCGCGAGCGAAGGCGACGACAAAGAAGAUUACAAGGGACCCAAAACGCCUACUUCUUUCGCCGCCUGCGCGGACUAUUGCGCCGCAGACCCAGAGUGCAUCCAGUACCGCCUGACAGCCGACUCGCGCUGCACAACGUCCAAUGCGGUCCUGCGCGGAAAACCCCAGCCAGGCACGCAGUCAGGGACGAUGCUGUGGCGGGUUGAUGCUGCGUUAGAGCGGAUGGAGCAGUGUGAGAAGGUGACGUGGGUGACCAGCUAGGGUUUUGGACUUUGGAUUUCGAGUUGUUGCGUCUGUUUUAUCGUUGGGAUACAUUACUAGGCGUUUAGCGUUGAGCGUUUUGCUUUGGUCUGGUUCGGUUUUGCAUUAAGGUUGGACGAUAGCGGCAUUUAUAGCGUUGGCUGGAAAGCCAAAUUGGUAAAGAAUUAUACAUGAACUCGCUGUUCAUUGAGAA